CCGCACCCCCUCUCUGUCUCUCGCAUCUAGUCUAGACGUUGUACUGCAGCGGCAGCGCACCACAUCUGACCCUACCAACAUGGCAUCCGCGGGGACGACGGCGGUGGUGCCCGAGGUGGCCCUGCGGUCGGGCAACGCGAGGACGGCGAUGCCGAUGGUCGGCAUGGGCACGGCGUCGUUCCCUCUGGUGCACGAGGCCGUCAAGGACGGCGUGCUCUCCGCCAUCGAGGUGGGGUUCCGCCACUUCGACACGGCCUCCAUGUACGGCACCGAGAAGCCGCUGGGCGACGCCGUGGCCGAGGCGCUCCGGCGCGGGACCCUGCGGUCCCGGGAGGAUCUGUUCGUGACGUCCAAGCUGUGGUGCUCGCAGAACCACCCGGACCUCGUGCUGCCGUCCCUCCGGGAAACACUCAAGAACCUGCAGAUGGAGUACGUGGAUCUGUACCUGAUCCACUGGCCGGUGUGCCUGAAACCGGGGCCGCCCGAGCUCCCGACCAGGAAGGAGAACGCCGUGCCGCUGGACCUCGCGGGCGUGUGGCGCGCCAUGGAGGAGUGCCAGCGGCUGGGCCUCGCCAAGGCGAUCGGCGUGAGCAACUUCACCACCAGGCACCUCGACGGGGUCCUGGCCGUCGCCACGGUCCCGCCCGCGGUGAACCAGGUGGAGCUGAACCCGGCGUGGCAGCAGCGGACGCUCAGGGCGUACUGCGCCGACAGGGGCAUCCACGUCGCGGCCUACUCGCCGCUGGGAGGGCAGAACUGGGACGGGCAGGGCAGCGCCGUGCUGGACUCCGAGGUGCUCGCCGCGAUAGCCAAGGCGAGGGGGAAAACCGUCGCGCAGGUGGCGUUGCGAUGGAUACAUGAGCAGGGAGUGACAUGCAUCGUCAAGAGUUACAGCAAGGAGAGGCUGAGGCAGAACCUUGGGAUAUUCGACUGGGAGCUGACCGACGAGGAGCGGCUCAAGAUCAGCCAGAUCCCGCAGAGGAAGGUUGUCCAGACUAGUAGCUUGUUCUCGCAAGAGGGUGAGUUCACGGCUGUUGAUCCAGCGGAACUUAAUAUUUUAGAGGAAUAGGGGGAAAAUGACCCGCCACACAUACACUGCAUCAGUGUUGCUGCAUACAAAAGUGUAUUUCGUAGACCAUUUGAAUAAGGCUGUUGGAAACGGUGACAUCUAGUGCUGUUUGGUUUCGUUGCCGGGACGGUAACAUCAACAGUUAAUGCUGCAAUCCAUUAACGGAACGGAGGGGAAUGGAUAGCGCUCGUUUAUGAGUGGUUUCAUU